AUGGCUCUCUAUCCCAAGCACAAUGAGAGGCGCCUCAGCCUCUCCGAGCCCGGCCUCCUCAGGUCGCGAUUUGCGUUUUUUCGCACGGCAGCGCUCUUUGGGCUUCUCCUGACUUUGCUCUUCCUAUCACUGUUUUCAUACAUCUUUGGGUCGCUAUACCAACAAGCGGGACACACACACAAUCUCAACGUUGCGUUUGUGGAUUACGAUGACGGUGGGCGGAUUGGAUCUGCUGUUCGCCAGGCGUACAGUGACCUGAGUGACGAUGCCUUUCCAACAUUGAUCGAAUACUCACCUUCGCGAUAUCCCACUCCUGCUAUGCUACGCGCGGCAAUAUGCAACACCGACUACUGGGGAGCUCUCUAUAUCUCGACAAACGCCUCUGACCGUUUGACUGCCGCCCUAACCGACAGCGAGUUUGCCUCAUCAUACAACCGCACCGACGUGCUGACCUUCAUAUGGAACGAGGCCAGGUAUUCCUCGAUCGCCGACUCACUAGCUCAGCAAAUGGGAAUCCUGUCGGAGAAUGCUCGUAUUGCAUAUAUGAAGUUUGAUGACGCCGGCUCUCACCUAUUCCAAACCGUGAACAGGAGCAGUACCGACUCGGUCGCGGUCUACGUGGAUCCCUGGCACCUUGCUUCCAUUAAUAUUCAGCCGACUACCCAGGGAUCGCGUCUCAUCUACAACACGCUGGUGGUCAUCUUGAUCCUGAUUCAACAGUUCUUCUUCCUUGCUACCAUUAAUGGUCUAUACGCCCAAUUCGGGCUUUUCGGCACCAUCAAAGCAAGACGGAUUAUUAUCUUCCGUUUCCUGAUUUCCGCGCUCUACGCCAUGGCUGGUGCUAUCUGUACAUCUGGAGCCAUCUGGGCCUUCCGCGCCGGAUGGAAAGUCAAUGGAAAUCAAUGGGCUCUAACCUGGCUGACACUCUGGCUCUUUGGACAUCUCAACUUCCUUACCCUGGAUGUCUUCGCGGUUUGGCUGCCACCCGCGUUUCUGCCAAUGGGCCUUACCACUUACUUGGUGCUCAACGUGACCUCAAUCCUCCUACCACUCGAGCUAUCCCCGGCAUUCUACAAGUGGGGAAAUGCCUUGCCAGCUCACGCAUGCUACUACAUUCUUGUUGACAUCUGGUCUGGCGGCUGCAAUCCCCAUCUCAACUAUGCGUUGCCAGUUCUGUUCGCCUAUGAGCUCUGCAGCGGCAUCCUGAGCGGGCUUGGUGUUUACAGACGAGCACACUAUGCGGUUGUGGCGGUCGAACGGGAAGAAAGCAGCUGGCAGGAAAGAAUCGACAGGGCAAUUGAAGAGUUUACCAGAACACUACCGCCCCUGGGGGAAGCAAAAUUGGAACAAGGCACGGGCAUCGAUGUAGCUGAGCCCAAGGGGGUGGUCAACGAAGAAACCAGUCGUGAAGCUGUGGCGGACCGCGAAGCGCUGGCGGGGGAAAUCCGACGGGCGACGUCGCGGAUGGCGAGGGAGCAGGAAACGUUACGCCGGAAGGAGUCCAUAGGCCCAUCAUUUAGCCUGGUAUAGAUAGAUGCUUGAAUACCCAACCAAAUCCUACUGUCAUUCUUUCAGCACCUAGCGCCAAGGGCGAAGACACCAGGAAUCAAUCAGC